UUAUCCAGCUGCGCUCUUUUCUUUUCGGUUUUAUCUUUAAUAUAUCCUGUUCGUAUUUCGAAAAGAUUCUUGAGAAGUAUUUUAUUUCUUCGAUCGUUUUACGUUAUUCGGAUAUCGGAAAAUAUCAAAACAAUAGCUGUAAAUAAUAAUACUCUCCAAAAUCUGUUACCAUAUGUGUUCAAGUGAUUUGAAAUGAGUGAUAUUUCUCUCAUGUUCGUAUUACAAUUUUGAAUAUUAUUUUUUGUGUUUUACUACUUGUUUCUGGUAAACAAAUAAAAAAUAGCAAAAUGAUGGAAGCAAGUGGAGAAUCUCACAGUACUGAAUGCAGUGAUUGCAAAUCCUACGUUGUACUUGAAAAUACAGAAAGAGAUUUGCAGCAUUUUGAUGAGUUAGCAUUAAGCUGUCCAUCUUGUAGUGACUGUGAUGAAGAAGAAAUGGCUUGUGAAUCUGAAAGAUUAAAGCGUCUGGAAGAAGAGCAAGAACAACUUAAUUCCUCCCUGAUAGCUCUAACUUCACAUUUUGCUCAGGUUCAGUUUCGUCUGAAGCAAAUAGGGGAAGCUUCUCCUGAAGAGAAAGAGAAUUUACUGAAAGAAUUAGAAGAAUUUGCUUUUAGAGGAAUCCCAGACAUUCGAGAGUAUGAAAAUGGAUUGGACUUAACUCAAAUAAUUAAUGAGCAAAAACAAGAAGCCAAACUUGAGCAGCAGAGAACUAGACAGAAAGAAUUAAUGAAAAAGCUGAAAGAACAACUUGAAGAUCUGGAACAUUAUGCAUAUGAAACUGGGGAAGCAGGUAUGCCUCAAAGCAUGUUACUUGAGCGUCAGUCUGUUAUUAUAGAACAAAUUAAAGGAAAACUUCUUCUAAAUUUGGAUGAACUUGAUAAACUGAGUCCAGAUGAAUUACGUUCCCAUGUUGAUGCAGCUAUAAAAGAGCUUGUGAAUCCUGCAAAGAUGAAAGAGCAACUUGUGAGUCAAUUAAAAACUCAAAUAACUGAUUUGGAAAGAUUCAUUGAAUUCCUACAAGGAGAAGCUACUUCAAAAGGCCAACCAAGAUGUACUUGUGAUUGUCCUGUACAUCGAAAAACUCUUCAUACCCAUUCUGAUUCAGAUAGCUGUAGUGAGAAUGGAAGGCAUUCAAUGAAAAAUCCGAAAGAUGAUGCCACUGUUUCCCACAUUAUCAGACGUGUGUUGACGCUUUUGCAAAUGUUUACUAUCACACAAUUUGGAUGUGGUAGACAUAGAUUUCAAAAAAAUACUUUGAAAAAAUCUAAUAAAGUGAAUCACUGGGGGGAUCUAAGGGCUAAAUUAGAAGUAGCUAUAAAUGAAGUUGUCAAGUGUGCCUCCGAGCAAGAACCUCCUUUUGAAGAUAGUGACUACACUAGUGAUACUGAAGAUGUUCCAGUUGUGCAGUGUAAUGAAAAGUUAACAACUGCUGUCCGCAAAGAUUUAGCUUGUGCCAUUAGGGAUUUAAUGCAGCAUGGCCUAAUGCCUAUAGGGCAGAGUACUAGUUUAGUUCCAUUUGGAUGUUUUGCCGUCCAAUCAAGUGCUCCGAAAAUGAUGCAUGCAUGGGAUCUCAUUCUAAAAUAUUAUGAAUUGAAGAAUGGAUACCAAUUCAAUGCUUCUCCUGCCAGAAAACUUUGCCAAAGUUUUAAUUUAGAAAUAGUUGGAGGAGUAGUUACAACACCCAAGCAGAUGCUUCUUAGUGCCAUUGACAAUAUUAUUUCUACCCACACACCUCUUAAACGAUCUCAAGAUUCUCAUUUUAAGGCUUUUAUUUGUACUGCAUUGAAUGAAAAGCAUCUUGUUCAUUGGUUGAAACUCAUAUACAAGACAAGAAUGUUGUUGGAACGUUAUUAUCAACCAUGGAGUUAUGCAGUUAAGACAGGUUUUGAAGAUGCUCUAAAGUCACUUGAGAAACUUGGAAAUUUUGAUUUUGAUCUCCCUGUAGAUUUAGCAGUUCGACAACUGCAGGGCAUAAAAGAUGCUUUUUAAAUUAAAUGUUGAAUUUUGUUUAUUAUUUUAAGUUUAAUGAAUCUAUUUUUAGUGUUAUUUUUUGUGUAAAGUUUUCUUUUAUGUUAAAAUAAUUUUUUUUUUUAUUUUGCUUUUGAAAGUUAUAAAAACUUAGCAUUCUAAAUAAACUGUACAUUAAGUCUUGCAUAUGUACUUAAAGGUUUCUUUUUUUUUUAACAUUAUGUUAAAACCUUUAGAGAAAAAAUGCUAUCACUAAUGGAAAAAAUUAUUUGUAUUUAAAAGCACAGAUGUAUUAUUUUUAUAAAUUUUGCUCAAUGUUGAAAUGCUAUAUGGUAGAAUAUUUAAAAAUUAUUUUUACUUAUUUAUUGUCUUUACCCAUAUUAUUAUGGACUUUUGAAUUUUAGAGAUCAAUUUGCAGAUUAUUAUUAAAGUAAAAAAAAAAUAUUUUAAAAAAGAUUCUGUAAGAAUUUUACAUCAUUGAAAGCUCUUCCAAAUGAAAUCCAUUUUUUUACUCCUCAUGCAUUUACCUGUUUGAUUUAUCAAAGUUUAUUUAUUGUUACUCUUGUAUCUAGUCCCCAUCUUGUAUAUAUGGCCAUUUUGUUGCAUGUGAAACUAAAAUAUAAAGUUAUUGCAUUCUGA